GGCCAAGUUGAACAUCACCAAAGGGUCUUUCUUCAGGGAAGCAAUGCCGCUUCGACUCUCCACUUGUUUGUUAAUUUGCCCCAAUGAAUCACGCUUUCGGAGAUUCAGCUCUUCUCCUGCUUCAGCUUCUGUGAGAGCUGGGCUUCAAACUACUCCAGCUCAAAUCUCCUUAACGCCAGCGUGCUUUGAGGAGACGAGGGGAAGGAUAGCAAAGCUGUUUCAUAACGAUGGACUUUCUGUUUCGACGUAUGAUACAGCAUGGGUUGCUAUGGUCCCGUCUCCAACUUCGUGGGGGGAGCCUUGCUUCCCGGAUUGUCUAAACUGGUUGCUGGAUAACCAGUGCCCUGAUGGUUCGUGGGCUCGUCCCCACCAUCACUCUUUGCUAAAGAAAGAUGUUAUUUCUUCUACCUUGGCCUGCAUUCUUGCACUUGAAAAAUGGGGUGUUGGUGAAGAACAAAUCAACAAGGGCUUGCAUUUUAUGGAAUUGAAUUUUGCUUCAGCUACCGACGAGUGUCAGAUUACUCCUGUGGGAUUCAAUAUUGUAUUUCCUGCCAUGCUUGAUUAUGCCAGAGGUUCCUCUUUGAACCUGCGGCUAGAGCCAACUACAUUUAAUGAUUUGAUGCAUAAGAGGGAUUUGGAGCUUAAGAGGGGUAACCAAAACUACUCGUCGGAGAGGGAAGCAUACUGGGCGUACAUAGCUGAGGGAAUGGGAGAGUUACAGAACUGGGAAUCAGUUAUGAAAUAUCAAAGAAAAAAUGGAUCGCUUUUCAACUGUCCCUCUACGACAGCAGCUGCUUUUAUUGCCCUGCGCAAUUCUGACUGCCUCAGCUACUUACAUUUAGCCUUGAAGAAGUUUGGAAAUGCAGUUCCUGCAGUUUAUCCUCUAGAUAUAUACUCUCAGUUGUGCAUAGUUGAUAAUCUUGAAAGGUUGGGGAUCAGCCGGCAUUUUUUGACGGAGAUUCAAAAUGUGUUGGAUGAAACAUACAGAUGUUGGAUGCAGGGCAAUGAAGAGAUAUUCAUGGACGCCUCAGCUUGCGCCUUAGCAUUCCGGACAUUGCGAUUGAAUGGAUAUGAUGUGACCUCAGAUCCAGUGACAAAAAUUCUACAAGAGUGCUUUUCAAGUUCCAUUCGUGGAAAUAUGACAGACGUUAAAACAACUCUUGAAUUAUAUAAGGCUUCUGAACUCAUACUUUAUCCAAAUGAGAGAGAUCUUGAGAAACAAAAUUUAAGGCUUAAACUUUUACUUGAGCAAGAAUUAGUCAGUGGUUUGAGUCAGUCAUGUCAACUUGGAAGAGGAAUUAAUGCAGAGGUGAACAAGGCUAUUGAGUAUCCAUUUUAUGCAAUCAUCGACAGGGUGGCAAAGAAGAAAAACAUUGAGCAUUACAACUUUGAUAAUACAAGAAUUUUGAAAACUUCAUUUUGUUCGCCUAAAUUUGGCAACAAGGAUUUCCUUUUUCUGUCCGUAGAAGACUUCAAUCAAUGUCAAGCUGCACAUCGUGAAGAACUCAGAGAACUUGAAAAAUGGGCUGUGGAGAGUAGAUUUGAUGAGCUGGAGUUUGCAAGGAGUAAGUCUGCCUACUGUUAUUUUUCUGCAGCAGCAACCUUUUUUGCUCCAGAACUAUCAGAUGCACGCAUGUCAUGGGCCAAAAAUGGGGUUUUGACGGCUGCGAUAGAUGACUUUUUUGAUUCUAGAGGUUCAAUGGAGGAAUGCAAAAACUUAAUUCAGAUGCUUGAAUUAUGGGAUGUGGGUGUUAGUACCGAAUGCUCUUCCUAUGAUGUCCAGAUAAUAUUUUCAGCACUUAAGCACACAAUCUGUGAGAUUGGUGACAAAGCAUCCAAGCUACAAGGGCGUUGUGUUACUGGUCAUAUAAUUCGCAUUUGGUUAGAUUUGCUAAAUUCUAUGAUGAGAGAAAAUGAAUGGGCCAGAGACAACGUUGUCCCGACAAUGGAUGAAUAUAUGAGCAACGGAUAUGUAUCGUUUGGUCUGGGGCCAACUCUCCUACCAGCUCUUUAUCUUGUGGGGCCGAAGCUCUCAGAAGAGAUGGUUAACCAUUCCGAGUACCAUAACCUAUUCAAAUUGUUGAGCACAUGCGGACGCCUCCUGAAUGACAUCCGUGGUUAUGAGAGGGAGCUCAAAGAUGGCAAACAAAACGCAUUAUCUAUGUACAUUAAUAAUCAUGGCGGUGAGGUAGGUAAAGAAGCUGCCAUUUCUGUGAUUGAAAGCUGGAUUGAGAUUCAAAGGAGAGAAUUGCUGAGUUUGGUUUUGGAGGGGAAGAAGAGUGUCCUACCAAAACCGUGCAAGGAAUUGUUUCGGCAUAUAUCAUUCGUUUUGCAUCAGUUCUACAGUGAAGACGACGGAUUUCAGUUGCAGGGUUUGAUUCAGAUGGUAAAUGAAAUUAUUCAGCAACCUAUUCUUCUCAAGGACCAGAAGAUAUGAUAACUCGUACCUAAAGAAUUGUUAGAAUGAUGCUUGAAUUGUACUCCACAAUAUUGUUGCACUAAACAUUUGAUAGUGUUGUGCAACUGAAUAUUUAUACCCAUUGGGUUUGCAACUACUUGCUGUUUGCCAUUA